GCCUUCGAGGCUGCUGUCACAAGAGGCAGUCAAACAGAGGUUUCCGUCUCGGGACUGCGGGAAACUACCCUGCGAAAAAAGGAGCAGCAAGUCAGUGAGAGCGGGGAGACAGCCUGAGCCGAAGAGCGGAAGCCUUUACUUUCCAAGUGGCAGAGCGUUUAUUUUUAAAGACACCUUUUUUUCGGUUGAAGAAACAGGCCUUUGGAGAUGGGCGACAAGGCGGGGACCAGAGUCUUUAAGAAGUCCAGCCCCAACUGCAAGCUUACAGUCUACUUGGGGAAAAGGGACUUUGUGGAUCAUCUAGAUCAUGUGGAUCCAGUUGAUGGAGUACUUUUGGUCGACCCAGAAUACCUUAAAGACAGAAAAGUGUUUGUGACUCUGACGUGUGCGUUUCGUUAUGGCCGAGAGGAUCUGGACGUGUUGGGAUUGUCUUUCAGAAAGGACCUUUACAUCUCUACCUUCCAGGCUUUUCCUCCUCUGCCUGAGGAGCACAAACCACUCAGCCGCCUGCAGGAGCGCCUGCUCAAAAAGCUCGGCCAACACGCACACCCCUUCAACUUCACUAUUCCUCAGAAUCUUCCCUGCUCAGUCACUUUACAGCCAGGACCAGAGGACACAGGCAAAGCAUGCGGUGUAGAUUUUGAGAUCAGAGCUUUCUGUGCCAAAUCUGUGGAGGAGAAGAUUCACAAGAGAAACUCUGUGCGGCUGGUGAUACGUAAGGUGCAGUAUGCCCCAGAGAAACCAGGACCACAGCCUAUGGUGGAGACCACACGCAGCUUCCUCAUGUCUGACCGCUCACUUCACCUGGAGGCUUCUCUUGACAAAGAGCUCUACUAUCAUGGAGAACCCAUCAGCGUCAACGUCCACGUCACCAACAACUCCACCAAAACUGUCAAACGGAUCAAAAUCUCAGUGCGACAGUAUGCUGAUAUCUGUCUGUUCAGUACUGCACAGUACAAAUGCCCCGUGGCUCAGGUAGAAGCCGAUGAUCAGGUGUCAUCCAGCUCCACAUUCUGUAAGGUGUACACACUCACCCCAACACUGAACAACAACCGAGAGAAGAGAGGUCUAGCACUGGACGGCAAACUCAAGCACGAGGACACCAACCUGGCCUCCAGCACCAUUGUGAAGGAUGCAGCCAGUAAAGAAGUGCUGGGUAUCCUGGUGUCCUACAGAGUCAAAGUUAAACUGGUUGUCUCUCGUGGAGGUGAUGUGUCAGUAGAGCUUCCCUUCGUUCUGAUGCACCCUAAGCCCUCUGAGCAGCCCAGCUCAAGACCACAGUCAACUGUGCCAGAGACGGAUGCUCCUGUGGACACCAACCUGAUAGAGUUUGAGACAAAUAACUUCUCUCAGGAUGACGACUUUGUGUUUGAGGACUUUGCGCGGCUGAGGUUGAAGGGAAUGAAAGAUGAUAAAGAUGAGGAUGACCACUUCUGCUAACCCUGUGUGGAGAGAGGGAGCUGGAUUGAAGGGGCUCUGAGUGUCAGUACUACUACACCACCAUUCCACUGGGCCGAUCUGAAAGAGCAGGACGCUCACCUGAGCACCUCGUCUCCAUUUAAAAAAAAUUUUUUUCUUUCUAUUGCCCCUCUCCCUGUCCCUUUGCAUCCAUGAUGCUGUUGUCUUUAGAAUUUUUUUUUUCCCAAAAACAAAGGAGCUACUUUGUUCUUUUGCAUUAGACAGCAAAUGAAACCCUGUGAGAAAGGCAAGCAAUGAGGUUAAAUUAAACCUGUCAGGAAAGUCUAAGAAACAUCAUUGAACAGAGGAUCCAUUAAUUCAGGGGUGUCUUUUUAUCUAGGUUAUACCCUCCUCCCCUUCCCCACUGUAAACCGAGUGGGCAUUACUAGCUUUUUAAUAUUGUAAUAACAUAGAUAAAAUGUUACUUCGAUGUCGAGUAUGACAGGUAGGGAACAUUAUUUCUUUAUCAAAUUCAGAAUAGACCACCAAGAGACUUUUUCUUUCAGUGUUUUAGCAUUUGAUUUUAUAGUUGUGUAAAACGUAUACAUAUCGCAUCAACAUAUGUAAGGAAUUGACUGUACAGUGUGCUUAGGAGAGCACUCAAAAUUCAGCACAAUGAGCUGGACCACAGAAGACUCAAUUAUAGCCAUUGGUUAUGUUGCCUGUGAGUGAAGUGUGUGUGUGAGAGUGAGUUUUGAAUAACCACAGAGAGACAGUGAAAGCUGUGCCUCCUGAGGCUUUAUUGCCAUUUCAUGCAGCACAGUUAACCCAUCAUCUGGAGCUGCUGUGUGGUGAAGCUUUUCUAGUUUUAAAUUGCCAAAAUUGAGCUGAAUUUGUUGUUCAGGUGUCAUUUGUAGCCGCUUUCCCUUUUCCCCCCACACUCAUUUAGUGCCAAUCUCUCUAUAAUCUCAGCCCAGUAAAGAGUGCCAGAUUUAGAUUUUUUUUUAACAUUUCAAUAGAGUAAUAUUUAACCUACUGAUUAAAAGCACUUUUUUUUAUAUUUAUGUUGGGAUUCAUCGUCUGUGAAGAUGUUCCACAGGUGUAAUCACAUGCUGACUCUUCUGCUCCACCUUGUGUCUAAAAGUAAUGCUCUGCUGCGGUUUGGAUUUUUUUCUUUUUUUUUAAGCAGCAAGCAUCAUCCUCCAACUCCCCUCUAUUCCUUCUACACUGUUUAUACUCCCCAAUGAUCUACUAUUAUCCAGCACCUCUUAAUGAUUGACCUUCUUAUAUAUAUAUAUAUAUAUAUAUAUAUAUAUAUAUAUAUAUAUAUAUAUCUAUAUAUAUAAUAUAACCUCCUCUUCCUUAUUACUGUUCAUGUUACACUCUCUCUUCAGUUGACAAAGUCUUUUCACUGAAGACGUAACCACUGCUAAUGAAUCUUAUUUACUCCAAAUAUGCUUUUGUUUUAAAGCUUGCCCAUGAAACCUUUUCUUGUUUUGAGGACCUGAGAAACUACUGAGUUGACCACUUAUUAUUUUGUUGUUCUAUUCACUUAAUGAAAAUGAUAAAAAUGCUUUUUUUUUGGUUUGUUUGUUUUGGAAUGUUUUUAUUUAAUUUUUUUUUUUUUUCUCAAUUGAAAGUUAACGUCAUUAUCAAACUAACCAGAAAUUCCAUGCUGUAUGCUCCAUUUGCUGUGUGUUUGUGUGUGUGUACGUACAGAAGGUCACACAAAUCAUGGUCCAUAAAGGCCUGCCAUUAACUCCUGUGCCCUUCUGGGUGAGGGGAGUGGAAGUGCCUCCAGACCAGUUCACAGUGUUGUGUGAAUUUUCUUCAUUCAUUAGUUCAGCCAACAACACGACAUUACCAACAAUGCUUAUGUACAUAAGUGCACACGUAAUUUACCUGCUAUUGGAAUAGUUUAGCAGUUAUUUUUUUUCUAUUUUAGUUCAUGCAUACAGCUUACACAACUAGGACCCUACUUGUAUAACCACAUUUUUGAAAUGAAUGCCUUUCAGGACUCGUUAUUUAACAGAUGUUACAGGAAAUUGGUGCUGUACAGAAUAAAAGGAACAGAAAGAUCGAGAUUGGGUGAAGACGGGUUUUUUUUUUUUUUUUUUUUAAAAG